AUGAUAAAAUUUAUUUUAUUUGUUUUUUUUUUAACCCCCCUUUUAUUUAUUAAUUAUUGAUUUUUAAUUCAGUUUUUUUUUAUUUUUUUAAUAUUGUUAUUUUUAGUAAAUAGUUGUUAUGGGUUUUUUGGUUCAGUUAGUUAUUUUUUUGGUAUUGAUAACAUUUCUUAUGGUUUAAUUAUUUUAAGAAUUAUAAUUAGUAGUUUAAUAAUUUUAUCUAGAUCAUCUAUUUUUGGUUCAUUAAUAUCUUCAUUCUUUUUAUUUUGUUGUUAUCUAUUAAUAAUUAGUUUAAUUUUAAUUUUUUGUGUUAUAAAGAUAAUUAUUAUAUAUUUUUUUUUUGAGUUUAGACUUAUUCCCCUUUUUUUAAUUAUUAUAGGUUGAGGGUAUCAGCCAGAACGUUUAAUUUCAGGUUUAUACUUGUUUUUUUAUACUUUGUUAGCCUCUUUACCUUUAUUAUUAGUAAUUAUUUAUUUAUAUAUAAGUUUUGGUAGUAUAAGUUUUGAUUAUAAUUUUGGUGUCUCAUUAAGUUUCAUAAUACAUUUUAUAAUAUUAAUUGCUUUUAUAGUUAAAUUGCCAUUGUAUAUAUUUCAUUUAUGAUUACCUAAAGCUCAUGUUCAAGCUCCUGUAAGAGGUAGAAUAAUUUUAGCUGGCCUACUAUUGAAAAUUGGUGGUUAUGGUAUUCUUCGUUUUAUAUUUAUUUAUGAAUAUUUGUUUAUUAAUUUUAGAUGAUUUUGAUAUUCUUUAUCAUUAGUUGGUUCUUGUUUAGUUAGAUUAGUAUGUCUAAUUCAAGGUGAUGUAAAAUGUUUAAUUGCUUAUUCUUCUAUUGCUCAUAUAUGUAUAUGUUUAAUAGGAAUGUUAUCAAUAACUAAAUUUGGUUUAAUUGGUUCUUAUUUAAUAAUAAUUGGUCAUGGGCUUUGUUCGUCGGGUUUAUUUUGUUUAGCUAAUAUUUCUUAUGAACGUUUUUUGAGCCGUAGUUUUUUUAUUAAUAAGGGUUUAAUAUUAUUUAUACCUAGAAUAAGAAUAAUGUGAUUUAUAUUUUGUUCUUUUAAUAUAAGUUGCCCCCCUAGAAUUAAUUUUAUUAGUGAAAUUAUAAUUAUAAAUAGAAUAAUUAUGUAUUGAUCUGGUUCAUUAAUUUUUAUUAUUUUUAUAUCUUUUUUUACUGCUUGUUUCAGAUUUUAUUUAUUUAGUUUUACACAACAUGGUAAAUAUCAUAAUUUGUAUUGUUAUAGUCUUGGCAAUGUUCGUGAAUACCUUCUUAUAAUUGUUCAUUUAAUACCAUUAUUUUUAAUUAUUUUAUUUAUAGAUUGUAUUUUUUGAUAA